ACCCGUCCGGUUUUGAAUUAAGGUUUUAUACACGUAGUUCGGGACGUCGACGUCGACCGCGGCUUGUACGCGCCUGGCAACCCGCUCCGUACACCCUACCACCAUCGACACCCGCUCAACCAGCUGAUCAAACGGUCAAGAUGUUGUCCUCAGCACCAUCGGGCUUCCGCAACGCCCCAAUCUCGAAGUUCCUCUCCACAUACCUCAUCACCACAUCAACCCUCAUCCCCCUCCUCUCCCUCCAACCCCUCCUCCACAUCCAAUUCUCUCCCCAUCUCCUACAAUACCACCAAUUUCACCGUCUCCUGACAUGGCAACUCGCCUACGUCAACUCAGGCGAAGUUCUGUUCGCAGUAUUACUGGUGUACAACCUACGAGGCGUGGAGCGCGCAAUGGGAAGCCGGAAAUACAUCUCGCUGAUCAUCUCAACCUGGUUCCUCACAUCCCUCCUCGGCCCCCUCCUUCUCCUCCUCCUCCGACCCAUCUUCGGACUAAAUUACCUCCCACCAGGCCCCACACCCCUCCUCUUCUCCCUCCUCGCGCACUACGCAUCCCUCAUCCCCCCAACUUACUCCUUCCACCUCGAACCCCUUCCCCGGGCUCUUACCGUGACGGAUAAAAUCUUCGUGUGGGGGUUGGCGGCACAGGUCGCGUUGAGUCAGGGGUGGGGGAGUGCGGUUAGUGCUGCGGUGGGAUGGUGUGUCGGCCUGGGAUGGAGAGCGGAGGUCGUUCCAGGGCGGGUACGAGCGUGGCGCGUACCGUCUUCAUUCCUCCCCAAAUCCCUCACGGGUCGGGGCCCCAUGCCUUCUCCGUCGGGCUAUAGUAGUCUCGCAACCGCAGACCCCGAUACCGCUCCUCAAACCUCCGACUCCCUCGACGACCUCAACCCCCCGCCGAACAGUCCAACCCUCCAACCCAUCUCGACAGAACUCCUCGAUACACUCUCUGGACGCCGCGAAACGCAGCGUGCGCCAAGGAUCCGGGAAGUGGAUAUUGAGACGUUGAUGGGGGUUUUUCCGGAGUUGGUGAGGGAGGAGGCUGUUGAUGUUUUGGAGAGGAAUGGGGGGGAGGUUGAGAGGGCUGUUGGGGAGGUUUUGGGGAGGGGGAGGAGAUGAAACAUUUUACGGAUUUCUGUUGGAGUUGGAAAAACAGGAAGGAAUGCGAUCUGAGGUGAUGUCGGGCGGGAAGCUUCCGACUUACAGAUGAGAUCAGCGUCGGUGUUACGUGUUGGGAUCGGCUGU